CAGAUUCCCUAACAAGUAACGGAACCGGGCAGUGCCGGCUGGACGCCAGAAAGUUGUUUUGUCCGAAAGAAAGGAGUAAAUGUUGAGACUGGAGCUGAGUUCGUGGCUGUAGUGUUUGAGAAGAAGAAGAUUACUUCCUGUCCUGUAGACUAAACUUUAUUUUACGGUGCGUCAUGACUUCCAAACGGAGGCCGCCGCCGACUGACAGAGGAAAAGUUCUGCUCCGUGACCGUCCCUGAAACCAAGCGGAGCUGAAUGGAGGCGCAGUGACACGGUAAAUGAAGACAUGAAUUUCGGCGUCCCUGCGAACUCCUUGCUUCUCCUCCGUGCCUGCGAUGAGGGGGACUACGAGACGGCCCGGGGCAUCCUGGAGCCCGGAGCCCCCAAGGAGUCCGGGCGGCAGAGCAGGCUGCGGUCCGAGGCGGGCUCGGAGUGCCCCGCCGCGGACAUGUUGUCUCUGGUGCCGGUGGACUGCACGGACGAGGAGGGGAACACCGGCCUGCAGUUCGCCUCGGCCAGCGGACACGAGAACCUGGUCCGGUUCCUGCUGCGGAAGGGGGCCUCGGUGGACAGCCGGAACAACUACGGCUGGACCCCGCUGAUGCAGGCUGCUAGGUUUGGUCACCUGACUGUUGCCCAUAUUCUCCUGGAGAACGGGGCAGAGAUUAACGGACGGAACCGGCUGGGUGCGAGCGUCCUCACUAUGGCGGCUCGUGGAGGACACACUCAUGUAGUCAAGCUACUUCUGGAGAGCAACGCCUUCGUUGAUGACUAUGAUCACCUGGCUGUUGCAGCAGAGGCGGACUCCAACGGCAACAACAACAACAGCUGCAGUGCAGCUGGAUUUGGACCAGGUGAAGGCUGUCCAGGAGGAGGAGGCAGAGAAUUCAUGGACAUCACAGCCCUGAUGGUGGCGUCGCAGCAUGGGCACGAGGCCACCGUGCGCCUGCUGCUAGAGUGGGGCUCGGAUGUGAACUUUUCACAGAAGACCACCGGCUGGGGACCACUGAUGAUAGCCACCCUCAGUGGGAAGGUGGCCGUGGCUCAGCAGCUGGUGGAGCGUGGAGCAGACCCAGACCGAACCAACGUUCUGUCCAAAACAGCCUUUGAACUGGCCAUGCAGCUGAAACAGAGAGACAUCAAGGCCUAUCUGGACUCCAUCACCACGGUCAGACCCCAGACAGAUGAUGAGAGAAGAAGGCCAGAUGUGUUCAGUGCUCUCAAACUGGGAAAUUCACAGCUAGUCAAAGAGAUCCUGGAGGAGGAUCCUGCCCAGGUGAAUUCAUCCAAUCAGGAGGGAGCGUCACCUCUCAUGAUGGCAGCAGUGAGUGGUCAGCUGGAAGUGGUGCAGCUGAUGGUGGAGAAGAAUGCUGACAUAGACAAACAAGAUGGAGUCCAUGGGUGGACUGCUUUAAUGCAGGCCACCUACCACGGCAAUAAAGACAUUGUCAAGUACCUGUUGAGUCAAGGGGCUGAUGUCAACCUUCGAGCUAAGAAUGGAUACACAGCCUUUGAUUUGGUGAUGCUGCUCAACGACCCAGAUACAGAGCUGGUCCGUCUAUUAGCAUCAGUGUGUAUGCAGGUAGACAAAGACAAGUCCAAACACCGUGGCAGAGCUUUAAUUACUCGCUCCAAAAGCCGACAGUCUCUCAACAAUGUCCCUGUGCCACCUGACGACAAGGGAGGCCUUAAGUCCUGGUGGAGUCGGAUGUCAAACCGCUUUCGGCGGCUGAAGUUGACGCACACACUGAGGCACGGCCUUUCAUCCAAUCGCCUCGCUCCGUUCCCUGAUGACGCUGAAACGUCACUGGAUGCCACAAUGAAGGCGAAUAGAAAACCUGCUGCUGUGUCUAAUGGUGCCGUGGCACCAAGUCCUGCCCUGGGAGGGAAUGACAUGAGCACUGCCUGGGCAGUCAAGACCAAAGAUGCUGCAGGUCAUUGCAGAUCAUCCUCAGAAAAGGAGGACUUUCUAAUAACCACAAUGCUAAGAAGUGGUGCCCCUCUGACCCGUCUGCCAAAUGACAAACUCAAAGCAGUGAUUCCUCCUUUCUUGCCUCCGUCUAACUUUGAGUCGUGGAACUCGGACCGUUCACGUCUCCUCAGAGAGGGGAAGAGCGAAGUGCCCCGCCUGCCCAUGCCCCCUCAGAGGAAGCUCAACAGCAGUGGAAACUCAGAUAUUACAUCCAUCAGUCGUGUGGUUAGCAGAUCCAUUAAGUUUCCUAGCAUCCCUAAGGGCCCCUCCUCGUCCUCUCCCUCCAACUCUGGUCACUACCACUCUCCCCACUCCUCCGGAGGCUCUAAUGGAGUAGCCGGACUCAACAGGGACUCUCACAACCGCUCAGGGGGCAGUGCAGACAGCGUUCUCUCCCAAAUAGCUGCCCAACGUAAAAGAGCAGCUGGCCUGAUAGAAGUGAAAGCCCAAGCUCCAGAGAAGCAGCACAGCCAGACACAGAGCCAACCCCCACUACCAAGUUCAGCACAUGGCCUGCAGCCGCCUGAUAUCAGCCUCCCUGACAUUCACUCCCACCCCAGCCUGGUCGCCUCUGACAUCCACUCCAGAAGGAAGUUGAAAAGUAGACCUCAGUCUGGGAAUUCCUCCACCUCCAAGAGCACAUCGCCAACACUAACCCCCUCUCCUUCCCCAACACCCAAGAUUCCUCCUGGGCCAGGAGACUCUCUGUCCUCAGCCUCUUCUCAUCCACGAUCCAAGAGCAGUGGUGGCUCCAGCAGUGGAACCAUCACUGAUGAAGAUGAGCUGUCUAGUAUUUUGAAAAAAUUGUCACUUGAGAAAUACCAGCCAAUAUUUGAAGAACAAGAGGUAGACAUGGAAGCGUUCCUGACCCUCACAGAUGGAGACUUGAAGGAGCUGGGCAUUAAAACAGACGGACCCAGACAACAGAUUUUAGCUGCCAUAUCAGAGCUCAAUGCUGGAAAGGGCCGAGAGAGGCAGAUCCUCCAGGAGACCAUCCAUAACUUCCAGUCUUCCUUUGGUAGCAGCGCCAGCAACCCAAGGCAGCCAGGACAACCACGCUCUCCAACAAGUUGGAUGAGACACCAGGUUCGCUCUUCCAGCAAGAGGUAACCCAUCAGCCCUGUUGCCCACAAGGAAGUACACCAAGAGUAAGUUGCUGGUGAUCACCUGCCAAGGUACGAAUAAUAAGGAGUCUUCUGGACGCCAGUGUCCCACAUCACUAGAGGUCUUACAGCAUGAGGACGCUGUAGCGAAAACGACUAAACAGGCCCUGAUAAAUUGCUUUUAUGGGACUCGCCUGGACCGAACUGCCUUUAAGUAUUCCUCUUAUGGAUUUUACAGCAGGAGAGAUGUGACAGAGUCGACUGAGAUCACUGCCCUGCUGCUUUCAACAAAGCACAUGAUGUGUGGCAAAUUUCUUUUUUUGCCAUUAAUAAUGCAGUUGCCAAAUGUACUGCUAGUGCUGCUGAGCUGGUAGAGAGCUGGGAGCACUGACAGACGAGAGCAUCUCAGCCACAACAUUAAAACCACUUGCCUUACUUACUGCCACCAAAAAGACUCUGACCCAUUGGGAAAUAGGUUGGGAUGUCCUGUGGAGUCACCUGGAUGUUGACAAUGGAUCCUUUGAGACCUAUGGGUUGUGUCAGUCGGAUUGUAAUCUAGUUGGUGUAGAGGAUGGGAACACGCCUUGGGCUCUUUGUUGUGUUUCUCAAGCCUUUCCUGAGCAGUUUUUGCAGUGUGGUGGGGCACAUUGUCCUAUCCACUGUCAUCAGAGGGUGCCGAACAUUUCAUUGUAAUAAGACGAUCGAUGUCAUUCACUUCACCUGUCAGUGGUUUUAGUGUUGGUGCUGAUCAGUGCACACAGCAGAGAGAGUGAGUUUGAGCCAUAAGAGAUUUUUAUUUUAUCUCACUGAAUGUGAGAGAUGCAGCAAAUGAAUUGUAAAAGUGGAAAGUUAAGUUGAAGAGAGAAGAAUAGAGAUUAUAAGUAUAUAACAGUAAAACAGAAAUUAGCUAGCAAGACUGUGAUUGACACAUUAAGGAAGAUGCAAUGACUAAGAAGGUGCACUGAUGAGGAGAGCAAAUGAAGAAAGGAAAUAGAACAUUAGCCAGACUUUUUGAGUCAUCCAGUCUUUUGGACUGCUUUUACUAGUGUGUUUAUGUCUUGAAUUCACAAACCACUAUGUAUACAGAUGACUUUAGCAAAGCCUGUGCUGCCAUGAACAAAUAAACAUUAUGGUGAUGUAAUAACAAAAUGCUUUUUAAUAUCUUCUUGGACUUGGGAUGGGAAGACGUUGGCAGAAACGUUUUGGGAGCCUUUUAUGAGGAGUAUAAAUUUAGUUUAAAAGAGGUGCACUGAGCAAUACUUUCCACUGAGCCUGUUCCAUGUUGUUGCCUCUGGCUCCACCAUUUAACAGUUGGUCUGCAUGGAGACAGAUGGAGUGCUAUAUCAUUCCUAAAUAUCAGGUCCUUACUUUAAUCCACGUCUUAAAUCCAGUCCAAUGAUGGGCUGUGAUGGUGUUCGGGAUUGGUCAGUUAAACAUGAGAUGACACUGAUGUCACAUCCUGUUGAGUCAUGAGUCACUGAGUCUGGGAAACAUGAACAGCAUGAUGAAUUGAAUCACUACAUAAACAAAAUAAAACUUGUGUCCAAAAUUAAAAGCUAGGUGAUCGGGUUUAAUAGUUGGAAACCAGGUCUCAGGUCCAGCUUUGGUUGUGUAAAAACCCUACAUGAAAACAAAUUAAAAUCCAUGAUGCAAGACCAUCUUCUUUCCACAAGAUGGCAGCGACCUCCUGUUGAUGCAGUAAAUUAUCAGCACUACAGUACUCUUCAGCUGUAAUGUUCGACACAGAUCCUGUGUUCAGUUUUUUGACUGAGAUGUUUUCCUCAGCAUUUUAAACAUAGCUUGAGUAAAAAUCAAGUUUUUUACCUGGUUAAUGUUUACAUAUGGUGUUUGAGUUAUUGGGAAACAUAUUAAUGAGAUGAAAAGUCAACACCAUGACUCAACAUUUUCACCUUUAAAAUGUAACAAAUCUAAAGAGCCAAUCAUGUCAACUUGCAGGGAGGAGUUUUUCAUAUCAUAAUCAGAUCCCAAAAGUAGCUUUACAGUGUUUGAGCAGAGUUACAGGUGAGCUGGUGUGUUGAAGCUGCAGUGAUUAGUGGACGGUGGGUGAAGAAACAGGACAAGACUUAACAGAUCUGCACAAUCUAGAGGAAGCGGUAGUUACAUCUAAGUCAUUUUAAAGCAGGAAGGGAUUAUUUUCAUGGGGGAAAAAAUGUAAACAUACACCUGUGAUUAAAAAAACAUGAAAAGCUUCAAUCAAAAGCUUUUAUGGCUUUAAUCAAUGAGUGGAGAGGGAUUUUAAAACUAGAGUGAAGCCUAUUCAUUUUGUUUUUGCCGCUACAGCCUCACUUCACUCAGCUGCUUGUGGCAACUUUUUUUUAUAGUGGCUAAUUGACAAUAUUGAGUUAUUUCACUGAUUUGUUGAGGUUCAUUUUAAGCUGAGCUAAGACACUAAAAGAACUCAAUGAUUCAUUUUCAGACAUGAUUCAAGAAAAGCAGUAAUACCCUAAAUGAGAAUUUGAUAUAGUUUUUAUGCAAAAAAAAAGUAGAAAUACAGUUUUUACAUGUCAUGAAUUGUGUAUUUAUUUCCAAAAAACUCAACUCUGUGUAUCAAAGUUACAUAUUCACAAGUUUUCUGCAUGAAAAUAAUCCCUUCCUGCAUUGAAAUAGCUUGGAUGUAACUCUACACCACUACUUCUAUAAUGUGCAGAUCUAUGCAGCCUCCCUCUCUCUACUCAUCCCUCGUUUUUCACAGCAGUUUGAGCACACCAGCUCACCUACGACUCUUCUAAAACACUGUGAAACUAAUUUAGGCUACAUAAUGACAAGUUGUAAUAUUGAAUUACAAAUCCAACCAUAUACACUGCCAUUCAAAAGUUUGGGUCACCCAGACAAUUUCAUGUUUACCAUGAAAACUCACACAUUUAUUCAUGUGCUAACAUAACUGUACAAGGGUUUUCUAAUCAUCAAUCAGCCUUUCAACACCAUUAGCUAACACAAUGUAGCAUUAGAACAUAGGAGUGAUGGUUGCUGGAAAUGUUCCUCUGUACCUCUGUGGAGAUAUUCCAUUAAAAAUCAGCUGUUUCCAGCUAGAAUAGUCAUUUACCACAUUAACAAUGUCUAGACUGUAUUUCUGAUUAAUUUAAUGUUAUUUUCAUUAAAAGAAAAUGCUUUUCUUUCAAAAAUAAGGACAUUUCUAAGUGACCCCAAACUUUUGAAUGGUAUUCUAACUGGUGGCUACAGCCAGGUAACCUCAGCAUGAUUUUGGACUGUGGGAGGAAGCCAGAGAACCCAGAGAAAACCUACACAUGCACAGUGACAACAUGUAAACUUCAUGCAGAUCCCGGAAACGCUGGGACGCAAACCGGGGAUCUUCUAGCCGAGGGGCAACAGUGCUAACCACCGAGCCACUGUGCAGCCCACAAUAUGAACAAUGUAACAGAAAAUGUCUUGUUUUUCAUUGAAAGGGUCUUUUAAUAUGUAUUGUGAAUUAAAAGAUAAUCUGCUAUUUCACUCUUACUGAAAAAUACAGAAUCUAUGAAUAAAUAAAUAUGUUUCAUAUCAAAGGUUUGACUUCCGGAUUCAAGAUGUCUCCUUCUCAAGGGUCUAAAUGCAUGUGCAGUGGAGGUUUCAAGUUUCCAAAUCACAAUUUUUCAUAAUGCAAAUGUGAAAUCAGCUUUUUAGAUUCAGAUUUUAUGCACAGCGAAGCUCAAAAAUGCAAGGGAAAUGACGGUAAUAAAACAUGUUUUUGAGCUGAGACAGCUGUUUAGUCCAUACGUUGUGUCAGUGUUGACUGUGAAACACAAUCUGGACUCAAAAAUCCACCACAUUAAGAUGCACAGCCACAUAUUGGUAUUUUGUGUUUUGAAACUGCUGUCACCGUAUGAGACAGAUGAGCUGAAAAAUGUUUCAGUUUAAAACGAUGAGCUCUUCAAACCACUUUGCCUGAAGUUCAGCAACACAGACCAUCCCCAAACAUGACCAAAUAGCAACACACUGACGUUGUUGAAAUCAUUAUUGAUGACCUGGAUAUAGACUGGCCCGACAGACAGGCGACAGGGUUCCUGUAGAGUUUAAUGAAAAGCAUCGCUCAGUGUAGGAACGCUUUCCUCUCCAGGACUGUGGCAGAUUGAGUGCUCAGAUGUACAGUCAUAUGUGAGCUGUAAGAAACUGGAGGAGAGAGAAGUACAUUUGGAAUAUAUUAACAUCGCUGUGGCAUGUGGGCAGCAAAUGGAGUGACUCAUUCAAUUUCCUCCCAAUUGUUUUCACUCACAUACGGUUUUGAUUGGAUUGAAUAACAUUUAAUAAUAUUGUUUGUAGCUGUCAAUACAGUAGUCGUGCUGGAGUGAAGAACAACAGACAGAUCAUGGGUGCAUGAACUACCGACAGAGACUCAGGAUCAAGACGAUUGUUUCUUUAACAGAAUCAAGAGAAGCUUCUGUUUUUUUGUUCUGUUAAGGAUUUCAAAUUAAUUAGUAACUGGAUUUUUAAUUACCCCUCUUACUGGUAAGAUCCAUAGCCAAGAUGUCUGCCUCAAAGUAGUCUCCCGUCUGUGGUAAAACAGGCUGGCUGAAAGUCUGUCUGCUGUGAAGCCUAAAUUAAGAUCCCCAUUAGAGAUCAAUUUUCUCCUCAGUGGCAGUUUGCCGAUCUCCAUUCCUUGUGCUUUGCUGCAGCCAUACAUACUGUAGUCCUCAGUAGAGAGGAUAAACUAAUGCAAAAAUGGGGGAAAAUUUCACAAAAUUCACAAAUGCAAAUGUGCCUCAAAAUCAUGGGACUCAGACUAGAUCAUUUACCUGAGGUCAACUACAAAUCUGCUAGUUUCAAAGCCACCUCAUCUGUUUUUAAAGCACUGGAAUAAGUGACUUCCAUGAUGUAUUUUUCUUGGAAUCAACAAACACUCUUUCUCCCAAUUUAUUUCACCUGAAGAAGAAAUACAAGGUUUUCCGAUUAAGUGCGAACCCUUAAUGAAUUGUGAUGGUGCUGUGCUCCAUCAGGUGUGUGUGUGGACAUAUUUGGGAAUGGAGUGAAGGGCAAAAGAGUGACUUGCUCUGCCAGUGGUGACACAUUUUGCCUAAGUGGACAGAUAUAAAGGAUUUUCCCAGCAUUUGGGAGUCUUCUCAAAAAGCUUUGUGCCGUUUCCAUGAAAUUCACUUUGUGGCCAUCGGCCUCUGGCUGUACAAGCCAGUGCGGUUUUCAGAUGCCCAUCACCUAAGGCAAUGGUUUUCCUAUACUGUGUGUCUGUGUGCGUGUGUGUGUGUGUGUGUGUGUGUGUGUGUGUGUGUGUGUGUGUGUGUGUGUGUGUGUGUGUGUCCUGUGAUACUUCUGUGAUGUAGUGGGGAGCAAUGAUUGCAGAUUUGAGGCCUCUGGAGCCGUCACUCAGCACAGUGAUCUCAUAUUAUACACUAUGCUUUCUAUGCUGAUUCAUUUUGUGAUUCAUUCUGUCUCUCUUGCCCACUUUUCCCCCUACCUCACUGAAGAGCUAAACAGUUGUUCAGAGAAGCUGAAGUGCAUCCAAUAACCAGUAUGUAUAACUAUCAUAGCCCUUUGUUUUGUUUGUGCAAACAGUUGCUGCCUGGUUUUCCGUUUGUGUUCCACUGUCAACAUUCAUCCUUGCAAAAGUGACUCAUUUGCUUGCAGGGUUUCCCGGCAUCCUGGGUGUUACACAACACUGUGAGCCUCUCUGUUGGCCUCUUCUGCCCCCCCUUUUUUCUGCACUUCACACAGACAGAAACACAACUAGAGCCGAGGGAUGGAGCACAUUACAGAGACACUGAGGGGAGCAGAAGAAGGAGAGAUGCUCCAUAUAGCCUCAGAAAAAAAACAAACCCAAAUCAGUCCCAACACACAGUUUGCUCUGACACAGAUUCAGGCCCUGAGAGAAAUGUGUGAAGUUGUUUUCUUUAAUAUUUGGCAUCACUCUAAAAUAUGCCAUAACUAAUUUUAAAGGCAAAUAAAUGUAAUAUUUAUUUUUCUGACUGUCUGCUUAACAUAAACUGUUAUUUUUGAAACAUGUCUUUUUGAUUCACACCUCAUUCCACAUUUUCCAGGAAGUGGUAAAAAGUAGCACCACACAAAAAUAUCUUAACAGUCCUGUCAUAAAAUGAUUUUCAAGGAUGGCAGUCUUUUGUCUGAUUUAUUUUUUCCAUCACAGGCUUUUUUAAUCUGUGCCUCUUACGUUGGAUUUGAGGUCUGUGGUCUUAUGAGAUCAAAGCAGAUCUGAUCAUUGUCCUCAUAUAAACAUCAGUCUGUUCAGAUAUGGUAUUAAACACUUCAAGGUCAGUGUGUGUUGGUUGCUGCAUGAAAAUGAAGAGUGGAAGCCUUGCUUUUGUUUGUGCACGUGCGUACAUGUAUGAGUAUUUCCCGCAGGUCCUCAUGGUCCGAACAUGCCUCCUUUUUGACCUAACAGCCCUUCCUGAGCUCAGUCUCUUGCAUUAACAACUCUCUGUGGUCAUGGCUUAUGCUCUGGCUCCACAAAUCCUGACAACACCAUUCCUGUUUUUCAGCAGCACUUGCCAGACUAAGAGCUCUCUUCAUGCUGAGUUCAGGGUCCUCUAUGGGCACCACUUUCGUCAGUAUUGGAUAAAAUUUAGGCGAAGUACUUCAAUUCCUGCAUGUUUUCUCUGGUAGUUUUCUUACAACCACUUAUUUUUUGUGCUAAAGGAAGACUGGCAGCUAUACCGUGUGUUGUGUGUCUUGUAUUGUCAAAUAUUGUUUCCUUGUCACUGAGCAAUCAUGUAGCACUUCAUGGGAAAUGAGCUCUCUCUAAGUGACAGUGACAGAAGUGAAAUGAGUGUAUGUUUGGUACUUUCCGAUAUUGACCCUCCCAUCAAUUAUGAAUGUCCAUUAGAAUCAGACUUGUCAUGUCACGGCGCUGCACGUCUCCUGAAAUCCCACUGUGAUGCUAAGAGGGACAUCUUAAUCAAUGAAAGCCACACUAUUGCACCUGGCAGAUGGCUUUCAGUAAGUCCUGUUUGGCUCCAUGGUCAUUAUUCUGAAAUGUGUAUUUAGCCACAUACUUACUGUAUGCAUACACACACACACACACACACACACACACACACACACACACACACACACACACAGACACACACACACACACGCAGAAACAUGCGCUCACGCACGCAUGCACAGUUGCGUGCGAAGGUCUGCCCCGGCAGUGUUAGCAGAGCUUUAAGCCCGGGCUAAUCUGGAAGGCAGCUUGGGUAGUGUUGCCAGUGGAUUUGCAUUGAUACCAAAGCUCCCUGUGGCUUUAAUGGCAGCCACUGACAGUGUUAACAGGACCUUAGGACCUCUUCAGAUCCCCAGCUCCACCUGUCACAACAAAUAAAGCAUCUCCCCUGAUGGACACUCUGAUACAGCAGCCUGAUGCCAUCUGCUCCAUCAAUGGUGCAGUGUGACUGCUGUGUACUGAGAGUAGCAUUCCUGAACAGCCAGAAGAGAGGGGAAAUAAUGAGGAUUUAAUGACAAAUGUGUCAGGCUUCCUUGGCACAUCAACCUCCAGCACGAGGCCAUUGUUGUGCGUGCUGUUCUAUACGCCAUAUGCAUUAAAAUGUGACAUUUCUGAGGACCGGUGGUGAUUAAACAGCGAUUUACUCUGCUCUCAUCACGCUGCCAAAAUGCCCACUGGCUGCUGUCGGCUGUCAGAACGUUUUAUUAGCUUGUAGAUUAAAGCUUUAGUUAGACAAACAUCACUCAGAGCUUUUCAGUAAUAAUCCUAUUGGUUGACAUAAACCUUAGUUGAUUGAGCCACAUCACAAGUUGUGGCUCGACACUAUCUUUCUACCCUUUAUAAAUAAUGUGGUUGGAUCAAUACAGAAUUGUGGGACUUUUUGUAUAGUUGACAGUUAUCAUAGGUGACAUUUUUGCUGUUUUUAGGCCUAAAAUCAACAUGGCUACCUCUAACCAAACACCACAUAUCACUUUUACAGAAAGAUUCUUCUAAAUAUUAUAUAUACAGUUGAGUAAAAUUUAAAUUGAAAGUUAUUUCUAAAGAUAUUGUAGUAAACCUGUUGACAUGCGAUAAAUCCACACCUGACUCACACAGUACUUUAUAUUAAAUAACUCAGAAAGCCUUGAAGUCUGGCCAGGCUUUUCUUCAGGAGGAAAUGACAUCAUGUGGAGCAGGUCAUGUGAUCUGGAAUUAAUACACUUCCUUGAGAGGUGUUUUUGUAAUGGGGAACUUAGUUGAAAGUAAAUUUCUCGGACACAGAUACAAUUUGUUAUUUUCCAUAUAAAAUUUGAUAUAUUACCAAAAAAGAAAUAUCUGUCAUGAUUAUCUCAACUUACUAAAAAUAACACAAUCUUUGAAUAAGCUCAUUUUAUUAUUGUUUAGCUAAUUAGAAGGUGGUUGUUAUUAAAUUUGGACGGUUUAGUUGACAUUUUAGUGAUAUCCAGUCACGUUUUAUUAAUAAGUGAUUGUUUCCGUAAUAGAUAAUUAUGGCAUUUGUAAAGACAUGAUCAUAAUGAAGAUAAAAACUUUUUUUUUUACUUUUAAUAUAAAUGUAUGCAAGAUAUAUCACAUGUACUUCAAAAGUGCCUAAAUUAUAUAUUGACCCAGUUAAUACAAAGCUGUUUAACUUCAUGUGUUCUAUUCUAAAGAGCUGCUGCAACAGACUCAUUCAUGAUUUGAUGUCAGUCUGCCAAAGAAACAUCCACAUUGCCUGCAAACACUCAUUUUCCUUUUUCUGUACUUUGUAGGAUGUGUGACACAUCAUCACCAAAGGGAAUCUCCUGUAGUGUGUCACCUAUAUUUAAUGAAGUGCAUUGGAGCAUUGCUUCUGUUCCAUGAUUCACUACAGAUAAAUAGACAAUCAGCUUGUGUGCUUGUGUUUGUAGUGCAUGAAUUAGUACACCAGGGUGCAGUAGAGUAGACUACCAUUGAAGCUACAUGCAGUUCAUGCAUUUUCUGGCGACUGUCAUGGGUUUCAGUGACAAGACAAGAGAGUCAAACACAUUUUUAAUGCACUUAGAAAUACAGAGAGAAGGAUUGUCCUGCAGUGACUUGGCAAAAGUGCUGAUACCAGAACAGUAUGUAUGCUUAGUCUGUAGAUUUUUGUAGGCAUUUGUAGCCUCAGAAGGACGACUGCAGGAAGAUCACGCAAUCAGUCGAGGUUUGCAGUGGCUGCUGCUACAAAACUUUUAAUAAAUGGCAGCAGUGGAUGUACAAAUGGGAAUCUGGAGACAGUUUAUGCAUAAAAGUUUGGCACUGAAAUAACAAACAACGCAGGUUGAAUACAUGACAUAGCUUUAUCUUGCAACCCUAUAACUAAUUAUAAUAAAAGUGAUGGCCACCACUUGCUAGUUGAUGGUAUGUGUUUUUCUGGGAUACGUGCUUUCCAUAUAUUUUCUGUAGCUCAAGAAUGUUAAACAAAAUGAAACCAUAUAUUGAAACGUUUACUUUAGCUAUCAUCUAUCAUAGUUUGACGUGAUUUAGCUUAAAGGGACUAGGGGCCCUCUGGCUCCCUCUUUCUCUCUUUCUCCUUCGCACGCGAUGUAUCUUAAUGUAUGCCAGAUGUUGAAAUCUAUAAAGAUCUAGUCCUUGUAACUCUCUUCAUUCAUUCACCGCAUGAUGCUUGAAUCACGGGCUCGUCCGUAUUAAAUGUACUCUUAAUUUGA